AUGUCCACGACACUCCAUUUUCCGUCUUUCUGUGGGGUGGAAGGGAGAAUUGAAGGCCGCAAGCAGCUCCUGAAAGCACUUACAUCUAACCCAAUCUUCUCCAAGACUGCUGUAACGAUUCCAUCACUGGCUAGAAAGGAUGCUUGGAAAAGAGCCGUAUCUCAAGCUCGCAAGCUGGUAGUGCUCAAACAUAAGGAAAAAUGGACGGGUCCACAAUUUCGCGAUGCAGUGCGGAUGCUGGAUUAUUUCCUCCCAGUCCAACCCCAGUUCAGAAUUUUCAUUUCAAACCUUGAGCGGCAGAUGACGGAUGAGCAAAAGGCUGUUUGGAUCCCGAAGGCGGAAAGAUUCGAGAUCUUAGGGUCAUAUGCACAAACUGAGCUCGGUCAUGGCUCGAACGUGCGAGGGCUUGAAACAACUGCUACUUUUGACCGCGCGACGGACGAGUUCAUAAUCAAUUCACCAACGUUACGCGAUCUUGAGACUCACAAAUUGCUGCCGGGAGUAGAGAUCUACGAACUUGGUCCCAAGGUGUUCCAGGGCAUGGUUGGGGUCCAUAAUGGAGCUAUGCAGGUCCACAAUGUCAGGAUCCCUCGAGAUCACAUGCUGGCGCGGAAUGCCCAAGUGUUGAGGGACGGCACCGAUAUUCCACCAAAAAAUACGAAGCAUUCAUAUGGCUCUAUGAUUACCGUUCGCGCAAGCAUGGCUGAAAUUACCGGUUACGAUUUGUUGAGAGCCGUGGCGGUAGCGUACCACUAUACGACUUUCCGUAAGCAAUUCUGGAUAAAGGGUCAGAAGGAGGAGAAUACAGUAUUCAACUAUGCCAGGGUCAAAUAUCGCCUUCUUCCAUUGCUUGCCAAGGGAACCGCACUCGUGCUUGUUGGACAGGAUAUCAAUCGAGCUUUCGAUGAAUACAGUGAGCUGGUCAUCAAAACGGGGAACACCUCGCAACUUGAAGAUCUGCAUCUGCAAACCGUGGGCGCGAAAGUUUACUCCACUGAUAUAACUGCGAACGGCGUCGAAACUUGCAGAAUCGCGUGUGGUGGUCACGGGUAUAGUGCACUGUCAGGCUUCGGCCAGAUGUACGCUCACACUGUCAAUGCUGUCACGUAUGAAGGAGACAACUAUGUGAUUGCUCAACAAGCCCCGCGGGUCAUCCUGAAACAUUACAAAGCAAUUCUUAGAAGACCGGAGAGCAGCAGCAAACUGAACGUGUCUUCUGAAUCUGACUGGUUUGAGCCAGAUAACCAACAAUGGGUGCUCGAGCGCCGGCUACCGACCCUAGUCAAGGCUCAUAUGGAAGCCAGUGAUGUGAUGCUGGUAGAGAUACCAGUUUCACUGUUCACGAGCUCACCAUGGCACAUUGCGAUUUCGUCUACUGGCGAGGAUUCUGGGAUUCUCACAUCUGCCUAUGACAAAGCGAUCCAAACUCUGUCGGACUUCUCCAAAGCCAUCAUAGACGCGUAUGGCUUCGCAGAAUUCGAGAUGGAUAGUGCAUUGGCAAGGGCUGAGAUGAAUCCAUAUGAAGCGCUAGUUGCGGGUGCGAAAAAUAGCGACAUGAAUAAUAUGAGAGAUGUUUGGCCGGUAGAUUCGAGAAGGAUAUGGGCCAAGUUGGAUGUUGAGGAGAAAGCGAAGUAG